CCAGCGCACAGGAAGUGGGGCCGCGGCUCCGCGGCGGGGCCCGCGCGGUUCUCUUCAUUUUGCUGACUCAAACCACAGAUUCCAAGGAAAGGAGGGUGAAGUGGAAUAAAAUAUUCAAGUGCCAGAGGAAAAGCCAGACGAGCCAGUGACAAUUACUGUUGCUAGACUGUAGACUGCUCUCACACAUAGUGGAUGAGGAAAAAAAUUGCUGUUGAUUCCAAAUGUAUACAAUGACUUUUGCAGACUUUCCUUACUGACCUGCAAAUAGGUGAAAACCCUUCAACUAGGGUUGAAUUAGGAAAUGGAAAUAUGACUCCUUGCUGGUGUCUUCCAUCUUCCUUCCUCUCUGCAGGCUUUUUUGUUUGGGGUAGGAAAUCCUGAGCAAAUUGCAUGGCGUCACCCAAGCUUACAGUUGAUAGUUAUGGAUGAUGUAGGAACUUCAGAUUUAUAUCUCUGCAAUGACACCUGAUUAAGGCAAAGGUUGAAAACUGCUCAUCAACUACUUUAUCAAAACUUGUAGCAAUUCUUAUGGUCAUGCUUUCUCUCUCUUUCUAAGACUUGACCUCUGGGGUGAUGUUCCCUGGAAGGUGUGAGCAGAUAAGUCAUCUUUUUGAAUUGGAAACAGAAAUACUAUGAGAAUGCCCAGAAGAGGCUUAGUAAUUCAAGCCAGGACUCGAUGGCUAUUAGUGGGCCUUGCUUUACUGUUCAGUUUAGUCCUACUCAUGUAUUUGCUGGAGUGUGCUCCACAAACAGAUGGCAAUGGAUCUCUACCUGGUGUUGUAGGUGAAAACAUGGGUAAAGAAUAUUAUCAAGCUCUCUUGCAGGAGCAAGAAGAGCAUUACCAAAACCGAGCUACCAGUCUGAAACGUCAGAUUGCUCAGUUAAAACAAGAGCUUCAGGAAAUGAGUGAUAAAUUGAAAUCCCUACAGGAAAAAAAGAGCCCCAAGGUCAAUGGUAUGAAUUACCAAGGCACCAAAGAGCAAGCAUCCAACGAUCUCCUAGAGUUUCUUCAUUCCCAGAUUGACAAAGCUGAGGUGAGCGUGGGGGCCAAACUGCCCAGUGAAUAUGGCGUCAUUCCUUUUGAAAGCUUUACGUCCAUGAAGGUGUUCCAGUUGGAGAUGGGGCUCACUCGCCAUCCAGAAGAAAAACCUGUUAGAAAGGAUAAACGAGACGAAUUGGUAGAAGUUAUCGAGGCUGGCCUAGAAGUUAUCAAUAACCCAGAUGAAGAAGAUGGACAAGAUGAAGAAGAUGGUGUUGGAGAGAGGCAGCUGUAUAGUGAGAAUGAUUUCGUAGAAGGUUACUAUCGUACAGAAAGAGAUAAGGGGACACAGUAUGAGCUGUUUUAUAAGAAGAUGGAUGGCAUGGAAUACAGGCAUGUCACCUUGUUCCGACCUUUUGGACCCCUCAUGAAAGUGAAGAGUGAAACGGUCGAUAUUUCUAGAUCAAUCAUUAACAUUAUUGUCCCUCUUGCUGGAAGAACUGAGGCAUUUGCACAAUUUAUGCAAAACUUUAGGGAUGUGUGUAUUCAUCAGGAUAAGCGUGUUCACCUCACAGUGGUGUAUUUUGGACAAGAUGGGCUAUCAGAAGUAAAAAGCAUCCUAGAAUCUGUAGCUAGAGAAACUAACUUCCACAAUUACACGCUCGUCUCUCUGAGUGAGGAGUUUAACCGAGGCCGGGGGCUCGACGUGGGUGCCAGAGCCUGGGAAAAGGGGGAAGUGCUCAUGUUCUUCUGCGAUGUGGAUGUUUAUUUCACAGCUGAAUUCCUCAACAGUUGUCGCUUAAAUGCUGAGCCAGGGAAAAAGGUUUUUUAUCCUGUGGUAUUCAGCCUUUAUAAUCCUGCUAUUGUCUAUGCCAACCAAGAUCUACCACCCCCUGUGGAGCAGCAACUGGUACACAAGAAGGAUUCUGGUUUCUGGCGGGAUUUUGGCUUUGGGAUGACUUGUCAGUAUCGGACAGACUUUCUGACUGUUGGGGGUUUUGACUUGGAAGUGAAAGGCUGGGGCGGUGAGGAUGUGCACCUUUACAGAAAGUACUUGCAUGGGGACCUUAUUGUGGUGAGGACACCAGUGCCUGGUCUCUUCCACCUCUGGCACGAGAAGCAUUGUGCAGACGAACUCACUCCAGAGCAGUAUCGCAUGUGCAUCCAGUCCAAAGCCAUGAACGAGGCCUCUCACUCCCACCUCGGGAUGUUGGUGUUCAGGGAGGAGAUCGAGACUCACCUCCGGAAGCAGGCUUACAGGACUAACAGCGAAGCUGUGGGCUGAACGGCACACCUCUGGCGUUUGCUGACUUCCCAUUCACAACCAACCAGCAUCAUCUGACAGCCUUAAUUCAGCUUAAAAAUGCAGUGCCUCUCUUUUUCAGUGAAGAAGAGUUUAGAGGGGUUUUCUUUUGUUCUUCUAUUUGUUUUCAGAGUGAUUCUUUUGACUGAUGUGCUAUUACCUUACGUAUCUUGCAAGUUCAAGCACCUCAAAUAAAUGGAAAUGCCUAAGUAGUCCAAGGAAAGUGUCUUCAGUAAUGAUUGGAAAGAAUCAAUGGAAUGUACAACUCAACACUUUUUCCACAUGGUACAUUUCAAUUUUUACAUUUGCAUUACUUUAAGUGUUUAAUUAAGUCAUCUUUUGUGUCGCCUGGAAUAUUUUCAGUCUGUCUGGCUCACUGCACUGUGACUUUAGAAGGAUACUGUCCUUACACUCUGUUGUUGAAGCAAGAGAAAGGUGUGAACGAAUCUCACCGUGAAAGGUGGUGUAUUGGACGUGCUGACUGGUACACCAGGGGUCACAGAAUUCCCAGCCAGGGCUUGGUGCUGCAUUUGCUGUAUUAAUAGACAUUCACAUGGUUGAAUAUACAAUUAAUGUGAAGGGGGAGGGGUGUGAAAAUCUUUUCAAGUGGAAUUUUAGAGCAUGUAACAUAAUUUCACACUGCAAAAGAGACACCACCUUCUUAUCUUAGUGAUGGAUCAGACAAGUUGGGGACGUUCCAGUCGGGUGUUUCUGGGUCUGGCCUUUUCCCACAGUAGAUGCCACAUCAGAGUCCCAUCUAUAAACGUGUGCUAUUAAACGUGUUUGGUUAAAGAUUCUUGGCCCCACUCCUCCUUAUUCAAAAGCCUUACCCCUACAUCUAUCUUCAUCCUUUAAGCUGAGGAACCAUUUUUUCAUAUACAUUAUUAGAGGCCCACUUGCCAAUGUCCUUCUGCUUGCUUUUUCUGGCAUAUGUUUGGGAGGCAGUCAUAUACCCUUAGCUGUUUCAGUGACUGAAAAAGCAAGUGCUGGUAUUACAGUCCUUCUUCAUACAGUGCUUUCCAUUCCACUGAUUAUCCUGUAGCCUUAUUGUUCGCUUUUUCAGUUUUAGGGGGUUUUUAGGGUUUGGGGUUGGGUUUUUUUUCAGGAGUGUGCUUUAUUUUGGGUUCUUUAUUUUGGGGGCUUUUUUUGAGCAUGCAUAAGCUAAAUUAUGCUGUGGUCUCAUAUUAGUGCCUUUUACAAUGGCACUCCUACUUUGCUACUUCCCUUUUGGUUAUUUUGGGAUGCAUAAACAUUUCCAAUGCAGGCAGGUCAUUUUUCUCCAUGUUGUCUUAUAUGCUACCAUAUGGCAUGCCUCACUUCUAACACCUUUGUUUAUAGACUGAAUGCUGAGAAUGCCAGUUCAGUGGUUAAGCCAUUUGCAUGGUCUUCACUGAAUUUAGAAAUUAGUUGAAAACCCUUUUCAAAUCAGGUAAUGAAGAGCAGUUUGUGAAUUCAAUUUACUUCAAGAAUUCUGAAGGCAACUAAAAAACUUCAAUGGUUGAUUUCUCAAUAGCAGAUAUGCUGUGCAAAUAGUUCUGGGCACUGAUCCUUUUUAUAUGUACAUAAAAUUUUGCCUUUCUGUAACUUAUUGUGGAAAACAGUGUACUGUAUUGUACUUAGAGUGAAGAGAAUGUGUUGCAAGACUUCUUGCAAUCGAUGUUCUCAAUAUAAUAAAUGGAAUUUCUGCA